AUGUCGAACGGGGCUAGUGAUAUCCGUCUCUCGACCACUCAACCCAAGGAAAAGACCAAAGCGAAGAAGAGAUAUCUGAAGGCGAAAAAGGAGAGACGGAAGAAGCGCAAGACAACAGUAGAAAUUUCUGAUGGCCCGCAUGCAAAGCAAAACCAGUCCAGAUUGGUGGAGGAAGAUGUUGAGGAAUCGGAGGAACCUCAAUCUGCAGGGAGCGGAGAAGAGCGGGAUGUAGCUGAGACCAUAUCAACCCGAGCGCAAAGGGAGCGCAGACCACGAAAACGGCGGAAGUUAAGUACGCCAGUAGACGAUGAAGAUGUGGCGCAUACAGCACCCGCUCCUCACGCUGACGAAAUACCAGAGGUUAUAUCAGAAGAUGGUGGGGAUGAAGUAGGGUCUGAGCCGCCUGCUAUUCCGGUUGAGGCAGAGACGGUAUCAGCUGUGCAUCCAGCAACACUUCCAUCAUUCCCAUUGCCUACUCGUCCAGAUGCGCCGUCGCGAUCUACGCUUGCUCUCCAAGGGCUCGAUAAGGCUUUGGUAGAGGCGGAAAUCAUUGACUCUGCCUUAUUACAGUCCUUUCCCUCUUCCGGCGACUCACAUGGCUUGAGUGAAAAGACCAAAAAACGGCUACUGGAGCUGGGUAUCUCGGAGCUUUUUGCUGUUCAGACGGCUGUUGUCCCAUUCCUCCUCACCCCCAAAAGCUUAAAGUCUCUUUAUCUUCCGUAUAAUCCACCGAGGGACCUUUGUGUUUCUGCACCAACAGGGAGCGGAAAAACAUUAGCGUAUGUUCUACCUAUUGUUGAGAUCUUGUCUACGCGGAUCGUCGUUCGCCUCCGAGCACUUGUGGUGCUACCUACUCGUGAUCUAGUAACUCAAGUACGAGAAACAUUCGAGGCAAUCGGCAGGGGUCGUGGAUUGAAGAUUGGGACUGCCACUGGUCAGCAUUCGUUCACCCAUGAACAGGCGCAAUUGGUUGCAGAUAGAUCUAGCCAGUCCGUCUCCUUAUUCGAAACUCGGACAGGUUCUCAGUUAAUGCAUCUGCGAUUCCUUGUCAUUGACGAAGCCGAUCGAUUACUGGCUCAAUCGUUCCAAGAUUGGUUGGCUCAAGUUCUGGCUGCAACACGACCUCCUGCGAACCCAGAAGAUCUUACCGAAUCCCGAACGCUUGCGGACAAUUCCAUGGCCAGGCGUACGAUCCCUCGUGCUGAUGCACUCGCUCCCAAUUAUCUCCACCUGCUUCAUGACGUUCCUCGCGUUCGGACGGACAUCGAUGAGAAGAGAGAAUCAUCUUGUCAGAAACUUUUAUUCUCCGCAACGCUAACUCGAGACCCCUCUAAGAUAGUUGCAUUAAACCUGCAUGAUCCAAAAUACUUUGUAGUACGAGGUCGUGCUGAUGGAACGGCGGCAGAUACGGAGGAAGCAGAUCUUAUGAGCCUGGUAAUGGAAAAAUUCACCAUGCCUUCCUCUCUGUCGGAACAUAUGAUAGUGUGCGAUUCUGCUUCCAAACCCCUGAUGCUGUUUCAGCUCGUUCAUGGUCAUGGGGUUACGAAUGCUCUUGUAUUCACCAAAUCAGCAGAGUCAACAACGCGACUUAUGCGCUUGUUUGAGUUCUUCGAGGGAGCGUACUCCGGUGGACCUGAUCCCAGUGGCAGCAUACCGAAGUCGAUCGUGACUAAGGCAUACUCGAGCGACCUCAGCCCUGGUGAGCGCAAGCUGAUCCUAGACAAGUUCAAAAACCAGGAGAUUCAUAUCCUGAUCUGUUCUGAUCUCAUCUCUCGUGGCAUCGAUAUCAGCCAUGUAUCUCAUGUCGUGAGCUACGACGCACCAAUCGAUAUGCGAAAGUAUGUUCAUCGUGUCGGACGUACCGCACGCGCAGGGCGCGCCGGGGAUGCUUGGACGCUCGUCGAAGAACAAGAGGUACCGAUUUGGCUAGGAUUCUCGGGACUCAAGGUUGACCAAAUAUCUUUGCAGGCACGGCACUUCAAGUCUAUGAUGAAGGACGCGGCACAUUUGGAGAAGGUAAAGCGUAUGCGAAUAUCAGAGAAGGAUGUUGCGCCACUUAGGUCUGCCUACGAGGUGGCUUUGGGGAAACUGAAAGAUGUUUAUGCUCACUCUGGGGGUAGCUGA